AUGACUGAAAACGUCAACUACGAACGACAAUACGACAACGACGACGACAGAUUAAGCUCACUUCCCGACGCCAUCAUCACCGUCAUACUCUCUCUCCUCCCAAUCGACACCUCCGCCGCCACCUCCGUCUUAUCCCACCGUUGGCGCCGCCUCUGGACCGCCGUCACUAGCCUCGAAUUUCACGCAGAUGGUUCCACCUUCACCACCACCGCCGACCACAUCUUAGCUCAGCUUACGGCUCCGACACUCCGCGUUUUCCACCUUUCUCUCACUUCGCCGUCCGAAUUGCCGGAAUCCGAUUCGCUUGAAUCGAGUUUCCGUGAAGUUUGUCGCCGGAAUGUGGAGAGUGUUUUUAUUGAUGUAAGAUGUUCGUUUUAUGAAGAAUUCUUUUAUGUUCCUGUUUGUUUGUUUAAUUCUGUUGUGAUUUUGGAUUUGGAAUUGGUUGGUAAGCUUAAAUUUGAUUUUGCUGAUGACGAAAUUGGAGGUGUUGUACUUCCAAAUUUGAGGAAAUUGAGUUUGAAUUAUCUUCUUGAUGUUCCGUUUUGGUUGGGGAAUUUAAUUAGGUGUUGUCAAAAAUUGGAGGAUUUAGAUUUGGUGUUUAAAUUGGAUGUUGUUGAGUCUGAAAUUGCGGAUUCUGUGAAUAUUUGUGCUCUUAAUUUGAAGUUGUUGAAGAUUGAUUUGGAGUUUGUUGGUCAGACACAGCAUAUUAAUAUAUCUAUUGAUGCGCCUCAAUUGGAGUAUCUUAAUUUGCGUGAUUGUACUUCGUUUUAUGAUUUCGUUCGGAGCCCAACUAGAUUGGUUAGAACAUGUAUUGAUUUGAUUAAGGAGGAGCGGUAUCUUGAGGAUGAAGAUGAUAUGGAUUGGUUGCCUAGUGGCGAUUAUCUUCGCCACAUGUCUAAGUUUAUUGGAGGGAUGUGUAGUGUUAGUAGCCUUGAUUUAAAGCUUGACAGUGAUACCAAUAUAUUUACUCACCUUAGCUCUGUGGGUAAUGGGUUUCUACCAGUAUUCCGAAAUCUAACCAAUUUCGAAAUGACCUUGGAUGGUAUCGGGCUAAAUGGUUGGAAGGAUUUGAUACUUUCGCUGCAAUGCUUUCCUAACUUAAAGCAUCUUGAGGUUAACAUGGAAGGUGAUCCCCCAAUGGAUCUUAAUCAUUGGUCUGAACCAGGUUCCGUGCCUGAUUGUUUGGUAAGUAAGAUGAAGACUAUACAGAUAAGGGGGCUUAUUGGAAUUGAUGAUGACCUCAAGUUGUUGGCAUACAUUCUGAGUAACGCAGUUGUUUUGAAUGAGCUUUGCUUAGAUGUUUGUAUGAGGGAUGACUCUAAUGAUUUACUAUGGAAGGAACGUAAGUUCUGUAUGUCCUUGUUCAAGCUCCCUAGGAAGUCAUCAACUUGUGAGAUUGUGUUCUCGGGAAGGUCUGCCACAACAUCAAGUAGUGCCUUUGAAGAUGAAUACCUUACAUGUCAAAUGUAUUUGGCCGAUUGA